CCAACUUCUGUCAUCGACGGUCGUAGGUUUCUACGCGUUGCGCAAGUGAUUGAGAGAAAAAAAGUCGUCCACGCGGCGGUCGCUCGCUUGUCUGUGAGUCUAGCAUUGGAAAAUUUUAUUUUUGUUUUCUCUACCAAUUUGAAUACAUCCCGUGUAAAGUGAUUUCAUCGUUCACUGUGACGAAAAUUAAAGUGUUUUCCACUGCAAACUACUGUUUUAAAGUCAUCGCUUAUUUCUGUUCAGUAUUAUUUGGUACAAAUUUGGUUGGUUGUGAAGUUACGUGGAAGUAGGCAUUUGCUGUUUGCACUAUUUCGAAGUGUUUAAAUACAGUGAAAGUAGUGGUCAAGUUCGUGUCAUUUUUGUGAAAAUUUGUGCGUCACUUGUAUUCUAAAAACGGAUAACCUGGCGACCUUAUACCUGCGACGAAGGUGGCAAUUGCUGAUCAUCGUUUAAACCACGCCCCAGCUGACCGGACACUCGACGACGGCGCCCUCCCAGCAUCCAGUCUUCAAUGGGUUGACACGAGCUCCGACGGUUGUUCCUAGCGACGGGAAAUAAAACAUAGUUUGUUCGUGCCAACCGCAGUGAAUACGGUCAAUCCGCAAUUCGAUCCGAACCCUACAGCAACGCCUACUGACCGUCGCCGGGGCCGCAAUAAAACGGUUCUACGAGAAAGUGAAUGGGUUAUUUUCCGGAGGGAACAACUUUACUUACUGGGUACGUAGCGACGUGAUCUCACCUACGUAUCUAAGGUGCGAUAGCCCCACAGCAACCACGAACUGUGAUUCCUUUCUGUACACGUGCACCUGUAUUGGGCUCGAAGCUGACGCCGAAAAAAUUGCCAUCCUGGUUUCACCGAAGCCAUCUUCCACCAAUUCGUCUUCGUCUUGUAUAGCCGGUAGUAAUUGCUUGCUCCGCAUCCAGACCUGUGACCCGAGAAACGCUUUCCAAUGAAAAUUGCCGAAGCGAGCUUUAGUCCGUACAAAUUGGCGUCCAAGGCAGCCCAGAGCGUCGUCCUCACCAGCGGCUGUGCGGCGGCUGGUCAGCUCGGAUUGACCCUGCAAUUUUGCUAUUUUUAUUUCGAAAUCUCCACCAUCCUGUUGCACCUGUUCAUCGGAUUGGGCUUGGUAAUUGCCGACCUCAACUAUCGCCAGGCAUAGCUCCCGCUAUCUCCCGAUCUUGGUGGGACAAACAACUUAGUGUCUGAACCAGCUCAGUGAGCACCAGCGGCUCAGUUCAAACGAAAAUCCGUCCUUUAAAAUUUGAGUGAUAGUGCGAAGGAGAAGUGUCUGUGUCUGUAUCUGUGUAUGUGCGCGUUGCAAUUAGCUUGCAACACAGUGUAGCUCAAAUAGCUUUAUUACCAGUGCCAACGGCAAAUACCUUAUUGUGUUCAUCAGCUAGGAUCCGCUAGGAAAAAUAGGAAUCAUGCUGAAGGUAGUUGGAGCAUCGUUGUAUCGGACGCGGAUAAGUUCCUACAUUCUAGGAGGUGCCUUCUUGCUAGCGUUCGGUGCGUUCUUCGUUGCUGAUAUGGAAAGACCCGUCUAUUCCGGUACGUACUGCGCAACGGCUUACUGGGCUCGCAACUCGGGCUUCCGAGUGGAAUUUUGGGGCCAGCGCAAUGACCUUGAGUCAGUACCGCGCGGUGCCGUCCGCGGUUGCUUCCAGAACACCCUGAUGGAAAGUGGUUGGUCCCAGCUGGAGAUUGAAUCGCAGCCCGAGUUUCCGGACAGCAUACAAGCGUUCGCCGCCGGAAUGCUGGAGGGAGCGCUCAGCUGGCAUAACAUCUAUCUGCACUGGUCGAACACCAUCGCAGCCGAAUGCACUCGCGACGACCAAUCGGAGGAAUUCUGCGAUUGGCUGCGACGAAUUCUUACCACCAACAUGGAAACCGUCAAAAAGAUGGCCGAUAUGAAGGGAAAACACGACCACUAUUGGUAUCAGAUUGGGCUGUUUUACGACCAGCUCGAUGGGUUGGAGUUCGGAUUCCGCAAGGGUGUUCGACGAUCUCGUCUGGAUCACGAGAUCCCGAUGGAGGAUUUUCUGUUAAUGAAUAGUGUGGUAGACAUCCGUGAUCUGAAGGCUUAUUAUAUGAACUUUUUGGAUGGCGAAAGCGGAAUGGAGCUGGAACCGAACAAGGGCAUGAUACUGCUGAAAAUUCUCGAAAAUAGCAACGGCUUGGUGAAGAUUUUGUUAGGUCAUACCAGUGAUGGCAGCUACGCUUCCAUGUCAAGGAUAAUGAAAAAGUACACACUAAACUAUCAUUUCUCUGCGGAAUCCUCAGUGGAUCAAGUAGUUCCAGGUUCAAACAUAGUAUUUACCGGUUAUCCAGCCGCUCUAGCCUCAUUAGAUGAUUUCUAUAUGCUCUCUGGUAAACGACAUAAGAUGAUAGCAGCCGGAGUCAAAAUAGAGUAUGACAAUUUGAAUCUGUGGACCAAGAUAGAUCUAGUGCGAUCAGUUUCGCUAGCACCUAGAGUUAUGGCCGCUAACCGGUUGGCCCAUAGUGGUCGCGUUUGGGCUAAGUAUUUCGCUCGUAGUCCUUCAACUGGAGCGAAACAGUGGCUGAUUGUUGACAUGAAGCGACUUAAUCAUGGUGCAAAUAUGUCCGAUGAUUCCGCAGAAAUUGAAGAAGCUCUAAUGAAUCAGGUUGAAACGUUCGAAUACGAUGGACAGCGAACUGAACCGAAGCACAUGGAUGACUACGUGGACGUUGAUUUGGAGGAACGAUUCCGGAAAGUGACAUCGAUAAGCAAAAUCAGCGACGGAGGUUUGUUUUGGAUUGUCGAUCAGCUGCCGGGGCGACUACAUGCGGAAGAUAUGACGGAGGACAUUAUUGACGAUGGCUACUGGUUAGGAAAUGGUGUGCCAAUUUUCAAGGAACUGCUCGAAAUCGGUCACGUGAAAGUUAAUAGUAACAAUACGCUACAGCAACAUUCCAUUCAAGAGAAAAUAAUCCAGAACAUCACCGACCUAGACGAGUUGGCCAAAUUCAUUCAACAGCUUGGCUACCGAGGCGACCUGGAUCCUCACAAUCCGACGGCGUAUGGAAAUAUCGACAUGAAGCUCUUGAGCAAAUCGAACGCCAGUAAUGGCACAGCAACACUCCAGGCAUACUCUGGACCACUGUUCGAUCCUGUUAGCGAAAGCCAGGCGGUAAAACGAAGCAUCCAAACGACACAGAACAGCAUUAAGGAAGAAGUGCCAAAGCUGGCUCGUACGAUGGCUGCAAAGACGAGACGCGUCAAACCGUUUGAUUGGGAUUCGGCGGAUGACUUGGAAGUUCGCCACCAAGGACAGCCUACCGUUUGGGAGUUUGCCCGCGAGACGCCACAUUGGGCAUGGAUUUGACCGAGCGGGAGAACGUUUUUUUGUGCUAGUAUACUUGCAAAUAUUGUGCCUUCAAAACUUAGUGAAUCUAUUUUUUUUCGAAAAUUUAUUGAAAAGCAUGUUUUAACAGAUAAGCAAUCAAGCUGCAAUUUUUUAUGACGAUAUUGAAAUAAAAAUAGCAAAAUGUUUUACUUGAAGCAA